AUGGAUAAAGGUUGGAUGUUUUUACCAAGACAAACCGAGGAAUACAGAAAAGGACUUGAGAAUUUUCUAGAUUUUGCAUUUUCUAAUGCAAACAUAAAUGGAACAAUUGCAUGUCCUUGUGCAAGAUGUAAGAUUGGCAUAUGUGUUUCAAGAGAGGAGGCUUAUGAUCAUUUGACGGUUGAUGGAUUUAUUAAAGGUUAUACUCACUGGGUUGCUCAUGGAGAGAUAGCAUGUAGUGCACCUUCAAUAUCUAGUUCGGUACUGUCUCGUGAUGAUGUAGAUAACAUGGAGGGACUAGUUCAUGAUGCUUUUAGGGUCCAACAACACGAUGGUAGUACAAUCAAUAUAGCAGGAUUUGAAAAGGAUAAAGAUAUUCCGUUUGGGGAGGCCGAGAAAUUCUAUAAAUUAAUUGAUGAUUCACAAAAGGAGUUAUAUCCCGGAUGUAAGAAAUUCUCAAAACUUGCAUUCAUCAUUCGCUUGCUUCACUUAAAAUGUCUUGGAAAAAUGACCAAUAAAGUCUUUAAUAUGCUUUUGGAUUUGUUGAGAGAAGCAUUUCCAAAUGCCAUGAAAGAUUUACCAAAGUCAUAUUAUGAAGCAGAGAAAUUGAUGAAGCAAUUAGGACUUGGUUAUGAAAAAAUCGAUGCUUGCCCUAAUGAUUGUACUUUGUACUGGGGGUUGGACAAGGAAAGAGUUCUCUGUAAAACAUGCAAUGAGCCUAGAUGGGAAACAUCUGAAGAUGAUCCUACUGGUGACAAGAGGAAAGUUGCAUGUAAGGUUUUAUGGUAUUUUCCAAUAAAGCCUAGGUUACAACGUUUGUUCAUGUCCUACAAAACGGCCAUCCAUAUGAGAUGGCAUUCCGAAUCUCGCACAAAAGACAGUUACAUGCGACACCCAGCUAAUUCCCCAGCUUGGAAAACGUUUGACCAUAACCACCCAGAAUUUGCGAAGGAUCCUAGAAACAUAAGGCUAGGAUUAGCUUCAGAUGGAUUUAAUCCAUUUAAAAAUAUGAGUGCGGUGCAUAGUAUGUGGCCAGUCAUUUUAGUGCCUUAUAAUCUUCCACCAUGGAUGUGUAUGAAACAACCACACUUUAUGUUAUCAUUGAUAAUACCUGGUCCAUCUACUCCUGGAAAUAACAUCGACAUCUAA